AUGCCCUUACAAUAUCUUCUAUGGGUCAACUCCCAACCAUUCCCAAAUUCUGGGGUUGAUGACGACCUUUGGGUAAAAUGGUAUAUCGAUGAACAUCUGCCGGACUUGAUCAACAGCAAGACUGCCGUGCGCGCAGCCAUGUAUCGCGAGGCCGACUUUCCACUUGGGUCGAAAGAGAAAUCGCCACGCAAGUUCUUGGUGUUAUACCAGACCGAACUCGAAGACCCGUUGAGUUCCCAAGAGUUCUUGAACGGUGUACGCCAUACCAGUGACAUGUGGCCCGACAAAAAGCCAUCGUCCGAAGUAGGGAACUUCAAUAUCAGGAAUUAUAAGUUAAUUCAGGACUAUGAUCCUGACAGACGGGGGGAAGUCGCCGCGCCAUUUUGCGCGACGGUCGAGAUGCACCCAGUGGAUGAGCCCGACUUCGACAAAUGGUACCGAGAAGAGCAUCUCGACAUGCUGCACAAGUUGCCAGGAUAUCGACGAUCGUCCAGGUAUGUCAUUGGCCCAAAGACGGCUCUGACAAAAGAUGAGCCUCCAAAAUAUCUGGCAAUCCAUGAAAUGGAUUCUUUACAAGGCUUUGUCGGGAAAGAGGCCGAUGCUGCCAACACCACCCCGUGGACGGUAAAGCAUAUCAAAGACAGCAAGGUAUUCAUUCCGAGAGGCUGGGAGUUGAUAACUUCGCGGGGGUAUUGA